AAUGUCGGAGAAGGCGAAGACAAAAUGAUGGUGCGAGAUGACACCAGCCGCUGCUGAUCAGGUCACGUCAGCCGACAAAUUGACAUGACAAAGGGCGCUGUGCCGAGCUCGCUAGCAGCCGGCUCGCAGGCGGGAGAAACGCCAAGAUGAUUAUUAUAGUCUCUUCGUGUUGUUGUUCAAGCCUCGCCAUGUCAUGUUAUCUCUUGACAGUCCACAGCCAUAUCGAAGAAAGAUACGAACCGGGUGGUGCUGAAGCAGACACAAACCAGCGGGACACACAAGGCAUCGCGCUUGAGAAUUUCGAUGCGCUAUGCCAGAUUGAAACAUCUGGGUGUGAAAGCGCUCCGCCCUUCGGAUCCACAGGGCGUCGGCUUGCAUCGCUUCGCUCAUCAACAACAGGUUUCAGCAAGGGCGCGCGCAGAGCCAUUACUAACAGUUUGACAUUAUUACCAAAAUUUUCAUCAAGGUAGGAACAACACGGGCUCAAAUGAAUGAGUCAAAACAAAAGUUGAAUACAUAUAAGUAGAAGUGGAAUCUGCCAUUGUCGUGAACUACCUGAACACCAGUCAUCAAGCAACCAAAUCCACAAAAGUCAUCACU